UUCUUCCUUCCCAUAGUGGCAUAUGAAGUCUUGUGUCUUCUGUGAUGGGUGGCAGAUAAAUCUGGGUGCUUCCCCUUUAAGAAGAUGCAAGCCUCAUUCCCUUUCUACAAGCCACCUUUUCCCAACGCCCCACCCACUCAGGUGGUGGUUUUGGAGAUUGGGAAGGGCUCCCCGGGCCAGGCUGCGAGCAAGAGAGAAACUACAUUACCCAGAAGUCUAGGCUAGGUGAGGAUCCGACUACAGGGUAUUCGGGACCUUGAAAGGGGCUGUGGUAUUGUUGGGUGGGACUUCCGGCGGCACCGGCGAGUUGGCUCUUCCAGCCUAGGGGUCUGUGCACUCUGCUCUCCAGGCUCUUCGUACCUUGCAGAGAAGCACCGAAAGGAGAGGACAGCCAUUCCGGCGCUAGCAGGACCUGGAGGAGGCAUCGGCGAGUCCGCGGGACCAUCUCUGCCGUCGCCUCUCUUGGCUGUGCUCCGCACACGACUUCCUUGUCGGUGCUAGUUCACAUGGACCUGGCGCAGACAUCAGUUACCUUGAAGGAUGUGGCAGUGACCUUUACCCAGGACGAGUGGGAGCAGCUGGACCUUGCCCAGAGGACCCUCUACAGGGAAGUGAUGCUGGAAAUCUGUAGGCUCCUGGUCUCUCUGGGAUACCCAGUCCCUAAAUCAGAGCUUGUCCACCUAACGGAGCACAGGCAGGAGCUAUGGAUUGUGAAGAGAGGCCUCUCCCAAAGUGCCUGUGCAGGAGCCAGAGAAAAAUCAGAGACUACCCCUUCUCAGCUGCUCCUGUCUGAGGGAUCCUCACUUCGGGCAUGGAUGAGGCAGGGAGCUUCAAGGGAAUCCAGGGCUGGAAAAACCAAAACUCAGGAAGGGCUGUCGGAAAUGCAAGAAGUCUUAAGGCCAGUGACAGACCCCCACAAGGAGAUGAACCCUAAAUGCAAUGAUUUGGGGUCAGAUAAUAGUCUACGCUCAAGGGUUUUACAUGAGCGAGUCUCUCUAGUAGGUGUUCUCCAUAACAGUGAUACACACAGACUAAAAGACCCCAGGAAUCAAACUGGGAAGAAC